UGUGUGGCAACGCCAAUGCAAAUUCCUUCUCCGAUUGCACCUUGGACUUUAUUUUACUUGGAACUUCUUUUGAUUAAAGCACGGUAACAUGGAAAAGUGGGUGCAGUUAAAUAAUCAAGCAGCCGGAAGAGACAAAAUUGCACGACUCAUUCAAUAUGCGUCGCGUGCAAUGUGGGAUUCCCUGGAGAGCUCCAAUGGCCAUCCGGCAUUGGUGGACAAUUUUAAGACCAUCGAGUAUAUCUUGAGCACAUUCCGAAAAUUGCUGCGCUUCGGCAAGGGCUUGGAUGUAUUCUAUGCGAGCCUACGAGCCAUACACUAUCCAGAUUUCACGAUUCGUGUUACGCUGACAAUGAGCAAGCUUUCCCAGGCCUUGUUUUUGCUCGCUGAUCAUCUAUUGUGGCUCGCACGCACUGGACUCACAGCGGUGGAUCCAAAGAAAUGGUCAAGGAUCGCCAACAAGUAUUGGCUGUUUUCAAUCAUCAUGAAUUUGUGUCGCGACUUGUACGAAAUAAUGCGCGUCCUGGAUCUGCACAAGGCCAGCUGCAGCAGCGGCAUAACACGCUGCAAGAUUCCGGCACGUAUUAAUACUCCGGCAGACUUUAAGAAAUUGGCUCUGCAUUCGUACGGCCUGGUGUUGGGUCACAAGGAUAUCGUUGUGGACACAGUGAAGAAUGUAUGCGAUUUCUUUAUACCUCUGACGGCUUUGGGCUACACAAGCCUGACACCGAGGACCAUAGGUGUGCUGGGUGCGAUUUCAUCUAUGGCUGGCCUAUGGGCUUUGCUUGAGCCCACAGCUAAGCUGACGCCCGCAUAAAGCGGAUGACCUAAUACUGUAUUUAUAUAUGAAUUUGUGAACGUACUUGUUGCACUGUAUAUCUGAUAUUUUGUAUAUAUGUAAUUUGUUAAGUUGAAAAUUGACGAUUUUAUGAAACAGUUGAUGCUAUAAGUGUACCUAAA